UCUGUCAGAAAAAUCUCCCCGCCUUCUCUAGUUCGACUCCCGACUCCAACCUUCACCAAACCACCAGAACAUCCAUCAAAAUGGCUCCCGCAGCAGCUGGUGCGAAGAAGCAGAAGAAGAAGUGGUCCAAGGGGAAGGUCAAGGACAAGGCUCAACACGCCGUCAUCCUCGACAAGAGCACUUCCGACAAGCUUUACAAGGAUGUCCAGUCCUACCGUCUCGUGACGAUCGCCACCCUCGUCGACAGGCUCAAGAUCAACGGCUCCCUCGCCCGGAGGUGCCUGAAGGACUUGGAGGAGAAGGGGCAGAUCAAGCAGGUCGUGGGACACAGCAAGAUGAAGAUCUACACUCGUGCCGUUGGCGCCGCCGAGUAAACCUCCCAUAAAUCAUAUCGGCGGACCUGGCGUGCGGGAAUGGGACUUCGUUAACGGCGGUUCGCUUGGGGUUUCGGUUAUUCGGGCAUGGCUACAUCUCUGGGAUUGGGAUUCAUUUUGCAACUCGGUCGGUGUAGCAUAGGGAUCGGAAGUGCUCCAGAUCCUGAGACUGGAAUUGCAUCAAGAUACGAACAACGUCGCGGCUCCGCCCUACCAGGGCUAGGAGGGUAUGAUCAAUCAGUCGACCAUGCUGAGCUGACACCAUGAGAGCCAUGGUCAUCGGCUGAGUGUGUCCCUUCGAGGGAAUGGGCGGGCGCAUCAGCGUAGCGAAUUGAUACCCGUCAAACAA